AUGCCUCUCGUCAACACCACCGAAGUGAACGAGGACACUCGCGUCCUCGGUUACGACCCUCUUCUGCAGCCUCAGUUCCUCCAAACCGAGAUCCCCGCCCCCGACCGCGCCAUCAAAGCCGUCCGCCAAGGCCGCAAUGAAGCCGUCGAAAUCAUCGAGCAACGCGACGACCGCCUCCUCGUCGUCGUCGGCCCCUGCUCAAUCCACGACCCGGACACAGCCCUCGAAUACGCCCGCCGCCUAAAGGAACUCUCGAACAAACUCUCCAAGGACCUCUGCAUCAUCAUGCGCGCCUACCUCGAGAAACCCCGCACAACAGUCGGCUGGAAGGGCCUCAUCAACGACCCCGACAUCGACGAGUCCUACAACAUCAACAAGGGUCUCCGCGUCUCGCGCAAACUCUACGUCGACCUGACUAGCACGGGACUCCCCAUCGCUUCCGAAAUGCUCGACACCAUUUCCCCCCAGUACAUGGCGGACUUGAUCAGUCUCGGCGCCAUCGGCGCCCGAACAACCGAGUCCCAACUCCACCGCGAACUCGCAUCGGGCUUGUCCUUCCCAAUCGGCUUCAAGAACGGUACGGAUGGAAAUCUCACCGUUGCUAUUGAUGCUAUUGGUGCCGCGGCGCACCCGCAUCGCUUCCUCGGUGUCACUAAGCAGGGACUGGCUGCUAUUACCAAGACCGCUGGUAAUGAGCAUGGAUUCGUCAUCCUGCGCGGUGGUAACAAGGGUACGAACUAUGAUCGGGAUAAUAUUCGUAUUGCCCGUGAGGCUCUUCGGGCUAAGAAGCAGCGUGAGGUGUUGAUGGUUGAUUGCUCGCAUGGUAAUUCGAAGAAGAAUCACCUUAAUCAACCGCUUGUUGCGAAGGAGGUUUCUGAUCAGUUGCGUGAGGGUGAGACUGGUAUCAUUGGUGUUAUGAUUGAGUCGAAUAUCUAUGAGGCCAUUUGCUCAAGGGGGGUUUCGAUCACUGAUGCUUGUAUUAACUGGGAGAUGACUGUUGAUACGCUGAAUGAUUUGGCUGAUGGUGUUCGUGCUCGUUGGGAGAUUCUCAAGUCUAAAUCGAAUGGGGCUCACUAA